UGCCGCUAGGUCACACUGCGCAUGCGGCGGUUGGUGAGCGACUGGGCGAUGGCGGCUUCUUCAAGCGGGGAGAAGGAGAAGGAGCGGCUGGUGGGCGUCUCUGUCAUGGCAGGCAUCGGCAGUACACGAGAGCGGCUGCUGUCUGCGCUGGACGACCUGGAGGUCUUGUCGAGGGAACUUAUAGAAAUGCUGGCAAUUUCAAGAAAUCAGAAGCUGUUACAGCUGGAUGAGGAAAACCAGGUCUUGGAGCUGCUAAUUCAGCGAGAUGGGGAUUUUCAAGAACUAAUGAAAUUAGCACUUCAUCAGGGAAAAGUCCACCAUGAAAUGCAGGCUUUAGAGAAAGAAGUAGAGAAGAGAGACAGUGACAUUCAGCAGCUGCAGAAACAGCUGAAAGAGGCGGAGCAAAUACUGGCAACAGCUGUUUACCAAGCAAAGGAGAAGCUCAAGUCAAUAGAGAAAGCAAGGAAAGGUGCUAUCUCAUCGGAAGAGAUCAUUAAAUAUGCACAUAGGAUUAGUGCAAGCAAUGCUGUGUGUGCACCACUGACUUGGGUUCCAGGAGACCCUCGGAGGCCGUAUCCAACUGAUUUAGAGAUGAGAAGUGGAUUGUUGGGUCAGAUGAACAAUCCUUCUACAAGUGGGGUGAAUGGCCAUCUCCCAGGGGAUGCCCUUGCAGCAGGCAGGCUGCCAGAUGUCCUUGCUCCACAGUACCCAUGGCAGUCAAAUGACAUGUCUGUGAACAUGCUGCCACCAAACCACAGCAGUGACUUUCUGUUGGAGCCUCCUGGGCACAACAAGGAGAACGAAGAUGAUGUUGAGGUUAUGUCUACAGACUCGUCAAGCAGCAGUAGCGACUCUGAUUGAAGGUGUGUGGCUUAUGCAGGUUCCAGCGCUGCAGCGUUCUCCAGAGGGAAAUGCAAACCACACUCCUAAGGAGCAGCCCUCUGCAAACCAAAUGGGGUUUCUGUCGCAUCUGCCAGGCAACUGUUUGCAGAUUAGUCAGAAUUACUGUUGUGUUGGGUUCGUACAUAGCAGCUCUAGGAAAGAGACUGAAGGACAUGACACAUAACCCGCGGGGAUUACUUGACAGGACACUGAGCCAGGCAUGGCAGCGCAUACCAGUAAUCCCAGCACCUGGGAGGCUGGGGCAUUGCUGUGAGUGCGAGGCCAGUUUUUCCUAUAUAGUAAGUGCUGAGCCAUCUGAGCCAGAACAGCCCUGCAGAACAAGGCCGCAGAGCUCUGAGUGUGCUAUUGCAAAGUCAGAGUGCUCACUUGAGGGCAGAGUCGGCUGCGUCGCAGCAACAGAACUAUCACUAUUUAUAUGUGGUAAA